CGCCGCAGAGCCCCGGCGGCGAGCGUCCCUACGAGGGAGGGAGGUGUCACCAGCUCCGCAGAGCCGCAUGCUCGCAGCACGGGGAACCUCGCUCACUUGCUCACAGAUACAAAUACCUGCGUCUCCGCCACCUGCCUGCCCCCUCCGCGCCUCGCUCUGGGCCUGGCGACGCCUGGCACCGACAUGGAGCUGGUCUCUCCUGGGGGUGUCCGAGCCCAGCAGUGCCAGAUCACAUCAGGCUGUAAGAUACCUGAGGACUGUUUGUUUGCAGACUGCUGGAAGACAGAGACGGAAUCACCUAUUGAACUUUCCCACACUGAAGCCAUAAAGUCGACCACAGCAUCUUGGAGGUUUUGUCUGCAGUUUGGUCAUCCCCUUUCUUCUGCUGCUUCUCCAUCAGGGAAGGUGAAAAGCAGAAGAGGACUCACAGACACUUGAAUUUUGCAGGACUGGUGAAGGUCAAUUGCAUGUUUCUAGGUAACUUCUCAGGCAGAUGCUCAUGAGCUCAGCAGUGGUGUGACUCUGUGUGUGUGUGUGUGUGUGUGUGUGUGUGUGUGUGUGUGUGUGUGUGUGUGUGUGUGCAAAUCACCCAGAUACUCCCUGAGGGCUUUCAGGGGACCAAUGCUAAACAUUUCAGAAGUCCGACCUCCUGUAAGAUUCCUAAGCUGAGAUGUCCAAAGCAACAUACUGCAAAUUUCUUCUCUGGUUUCAAACUCAUGACUUUGUGUUUUCCUGCUUUCAGACUUCAGCUGGGGAAAUACUGAGGUUAACGUACAAGAACACUGAUCACAAAUGUUACAUGAAUCCAAGUGAUUGAUGGCAUUUCAGCCAUUGACUAUCAUAGCUUGUGUUAAUCUACAGAUGUUGUAUUAACUCUGAGCCAUUUCCCAGUUCUCAUUAGCAAUAUGCUUUGAUGGGGUAGAAGGUGUUAGCUGUAUUUUCCCUUCAGUGAGCUGUUUAAUCAUUGGAGCUUACUAGCAGUGGGAUUUGGGGGACUUACGUGAUCACAAAGUGAAUUAAGAGUAAAACAGUACUCUCCCUCUGGCUUCUCUGGGACAGCGCACAGGGGAGGAAAUGGGUUCAGAGCUGCUCUCUUUCCCCAUUUAAGCAGCACUGGUGUGCUCCAGUGAGGACUAAGCAGGAAGCUGCUGCCUCCUUAGUUAAGAUCUUGCUGGUUUUUGGGAGUACACUCAGACCAGCUCUCCUGCAGAUCAGCACAUGCCAGUGAACUUGUUGUAGCAUGUUUAGCUGCACGUUCUUGUUGGCUUACUGAGGUUUGAUCCAAAGCUUACUGCAGAUACAGGGAAGAUUAAUGUACUUCUUCAGUGGUCUUUGGUCUUCUCUGUGGAAGCAAAAAUACAACUGUGAUAGAUACAUGGGUGAGUGAACCCUACAUUACCACCACAUUUCACUCUGAGGAGAUGGCAAAAGGGAUUCUGCAGCCCAACCUUGUGCAUCCCAGAGCAGUAAAAGCAACAUGAAUCCUACUUAAUAAGUAAUUCAAAAGCACUUUCUGGUUUGUGAAUCAUCUUCAUCACAGAUUUUCUGAGACUCUUGGGUAAUGAGACAAGAACAGUGCACCUUCUGUAGUCUUUUCUACCUGCUCACUGGGCUGCCAGGCUGCUCUGGCCCUUAUUUUGAGCUGUUCUUCUAAACUACUUUCUGCCACUAAGCAAUUCUCAUCUAGAGAUCUCAGACAUGAAGUAAUCCUCCCAGCUUUUCUAUAAAAAAAAGCUAACUACCAUUAAACCUGUUUUACAGGUGGGUAAGCUGAGCUCCAGUCUGCCUGAGAUCACAAAGCGUUAUUUAGGACCAAACUGGCUGGGCUGACACAUUCCUGCAGCAGGGAUGACCGCUUUUCUUAGAGGAAAAGAGUGCCCAGGCAGAGGGAGGGCUGGCCUCUGUUUAUGUGCAUGCUUUGCACAUGACUGUGAAGCACAUAAGCCUCACUGGCUGCGUGGCUGGAAUCCAGGUGUCCCUCAGAUGAAGAUGCAAGUGUAGGGUAAACUAAAAUGCCAUGCUCGGCUCUUUGUGCUGAGCCAUCCGGCAGGUGGGAAUGCACAACUCUGCCUGAUUGCUUAUGCCUGAGUCACCUCCUUCAGCAUUUGCCAUUGCCUAGCAUGUUAGCAUGCUGCCUGCUGGAUAAUAAAUGACUUCAUCUGCUGCAGCAGUGAGGAUACUAUUAAAAAUUAACCCUGGGAAAUGGUCCUGCAUAUUUUUUUCAGUCAGAGCAGACAAGGGGGAAGAAGAGAUGAAUGCUGUUGAAAUGGGAUUUGCAGAAAAGGCAAGUGGUUGCCAAGGGCUGUGUGUGUUGCUUAUGUGUUGUGAGGAGAGUAUCUCAAAGAAGAAAGAAGUGACCUGUGCAAACAGCUGUAGACAUACGUCCAGCAGCCCAGUUCUCUACAAAAGGAAAUUGUGAUCUACGCCUGGAAAAUGUGCUUCCACAAGCCAGGAGCUAACCAGUAAACAGUGAAUAUAUAGUUGCAUCCUAGACACUUGUGCUUCCACUGGCUUUUAAGGAGAAUGAGAAGGAAAUGCCUUUUUAACACCAGCUCAACUCGUAACUUGAUCUGCUACUGCAGAGAGGAAUCAACUGAUAGCUUAGAUUUUAGCCAGCUGCCAGUGUUUGGUACACAAGGUUACUUGGAAUGGUCUUGGAAUGGGUUAGUACAUCCACAGCAUGGCAUAGCAAGUGACCAUUGUAGGGCAGGAUAGGGGAAGCUUUUGUGUAUUCCAAGGAACACAGGUUCUGUCAGUGGUCAGGAGUUGCUGGGGAGAUACACAUUUCACUUUGUCAAAAAUCCAUCUCCAUUUCUAGCAGAGGGAAAGUCUAGGAAUGAAAGGUCUUUGCUCAGACUGUGAAUGAAGUGAAUGAAGAUGUCACUACAGGAGCUCCACAGUACUACAGGAGCUUCAUGGCUCCUACAGGUAUCAGUAGUUUGUGGAUAUGGGGGGAUUCUCAUUCUGAAUUUCUGUCUUCUUCUGAAGGGAUUUGCUCAGCCAUAUGCCCACCACCCAGCUCAGGCACUAGGAGUUUCUGUUCAACCAAUUUAAGUGUUAACCCAAGGUAUCUUUUAAGGUGUUUCAAGAAAAGAGGAUGAAGUGCUCAGCCAAAAGUACAGACAUUCAGGCCACAGAGCAGUGAUAACGUGCAGGUUUUCAUGGCCAAGGAGUUGGCCUACAAACGUGACUGGAGUCCCUUGUGGAAAACAACAUGCCAUGGUCACUGUCAUGUACUGUCACCAGACAGUGGGGCUGCUGACAGAUCCAGCCUUGAAAACUGUUGAGCAAGUCUUUUGAGGUGCAGCAACAGAAAAAUAUAUUCAAUUCACAGACUUCUGUCAUCCCCCGGAUCUUUGGAUCGGUUGUUUUUCCCUCUCAGCCUCAUUCAUUGCUUCUUCUGGGAUGAACUUCUAAACACCUGCUGUGGUUGAAACUGUUCUUACAUCAUCUCCUGAACACAGUGACUUUAAUCACAUGAAAUCAUGAGGUUAAUGCCAUAGUUGAGACUUCAAAGCUGUUUCUGCAGACCUGAGCUGAUUUUUUUUUUUUUGAAAAUGCUAUGGUAGCUGCUGGUUCUUAACCAAUAGAAGAAUUAGAAGAAUUACCAAAGAUGUCAGUAUUCUGCUUAACAUGCAAUACAAGAAGAUGGGAAAAUUUUCUAGCAGAACUGCUGUCUGGGUGGGGGUGGCAGUACCGUAGGAUGAGUUCUCCACUUAAUCUCAGAGGUGGCUUCACCCAAUUCCUGGUUAUUUGGGUAGCACCAAUGGAAUUCAUCCAGAGUAACACAUUGUGUAGAGUUCCUGUAAAGGUGAGAUCAGAAUCAGGUCCACUGUCUCCAGGUAGGUCCAAGGUAUGCUAAUUGUCAAUAUUAAGAUUCUAAAACUUUCUUGUAACAUAACUUUUCUUUCCUAUAAAGCUUCAUGAAUGUACAGCAUGGUUUCUGGGUAGAGAUCACAUCAGCUCCACAGUUAUUAAUUUACAGAUUUCUCACUAACCUUAGCUCAGCUCUGGGAAUGGUGCCAGCACAAUUACGGUAACUCUGAAUAAAGAGACGUAAAGUUUCUGUAUCUACCCUGGAAUUGUGCCAGAAUUUUCUCUUCUUCAGUGAUGGAAAGAUGCAUUUCUUCAAUUGGUUUCAAAUUGUUCAGACUGUGUUGGCCAUACAUAGAUUAUUUCCAGCAAAACAAGGAAAAGAAGAAAGCUACCAUGCAGAUGUGUGCAUACACAAUACAUGUACUCCUCAGAUAAUCCUUGAGAAGUGUGUCCCAAGAAGGUGUAUGUUGGGAAACUGAGUCGAGGUGAUUUGAGCUAGUUACCCAGAAAAAAAAUGGCAGAAUUGGGAAUAAAAUUCCAGGGGCAGUUGCUUGAUUCAGUAUUGUUUUUACUGAAUCACACUACCUUCCUGGAGCAAGUCAAGGCCCAUUGCCUUCCUUCCUGUGAAGAUGGGCAGCUGGAUUGCAAUGACACCAGGUGGAGCUGAAUGUGCUCAUCACCUUGGAAAAUCAGGCCCCUGGUGAUUCUCUGUGAUGUUAAUUGACCGUCACACCCUGCAAGAGGGGAGUCAACACAUUUCCUGACCUAUGGUCUAAGUGUUUUCCAAACCCUAGAGUAAAUUGAAUGUAGUUACAGAGGAAAUGCUGAUGCGAUCCACCAGCAGCUGCUGCUCUCCCACAUCCUCACAAAGGUGUGAGGGGGUGAGUCGCAUGAAAUAGAAACCCCAGACUCUUCUACAUGGUAGGCAGCACCCUGUGCCUUCCCUCCAGACUUCUUGCCUUCCUGCCUCUGAGAGAAACACUGCUAAGGGCUGCUCCCAAGAAAACCCUAGAGACGAUUCUGAAUGUAAACUUCUGAAAAAGCUUUUCAUAUGGGACCACUGAGCAUACAGUCACAUCUUCCUACGUGACUGAUUUAUGAAUCCUAUAUUGAAAUGUGGAAAUGUAGGUAUCUUCUAAGUGUGAGUGAGGAUGGUAAGAGCUGCACAAAAGUUGCGCUCUUGCACUGAGAUGUUUGAUGAUGUCACCAACAAUAGUUGAACCACAUCUCUUGGAUCCAGAUUAUGAUAAAUUUCAUUCUUAGGAUCCUAAUCUUUUGACAACUCUGGUUUGGAAAUUUAAUCUUUUAAUCUGUUUUGUUUUCAGUUGUUUGUUUUGGGGUUUGUUUGUUUUGUUAUUUUUCUUUUCUUUUUUUUUUUUUUUUUAAAUGCAAAAUCAUUUGGUGAAACUAGCCUUGUUAUCUGCCACAAGCUGCAUUUUUUGGUCUUUAACACACUGCAGGCGUGUGGGAUCACCUUCGUGUAUGAUGAUGGCAUUAGUUUUUCAUCGGCCAGCAAAGGUUUUGGAUGUCGCGUGGGAUAGAGAUGUCCCCAGCCCCUCCUUCAGCCGGUGAUCAUCUCUCUUCCAAAUCCCACACAGGGUCCUGCUGCCUUUCCCGUCCCGUUCCUGUCCUCAGGGCCGUGCCCUCCCCUGCUCCCGCUGUUUGCCUCGCCACUUUUCCCACUGCAAGCACGCCCCUCUGUUAUUCCCAGCCGUGAACCCUUCCUGCCUGGGAGGGCUCCCCAGAUGCUCCUGCUCCCGGUGCAGGCAGCGGGCGGGCCGCUGCGAUGGCACGGACGGACGGACGGACGGACGGACGGGGGCCCGGGCCCGGGCGCCGCUCCAGGUGCCGGGGCCGCGGCGUUGCCGGGCGACAGGCGGCCGCUGUCGCUCCCGGCCCGCCGCUCUCCCGUUCUCCCCGCGGCCUGGGCACGGCCCGCAGCAGGACAUGGAACAAUUAAAUAACACUAUGAGCACCUGUCAAACAAGAUAAACGAAGAUAAACGGCUGUGACUACUAAAUUAAAAUCUCUGUAGGAGAGGAAUGGGAAAUGAUGCAGAACAGCAGUGGCAUUGGAAGAAAAGGCUCAUUUGAAGACCGGGAGACUGAUUUGAAUUGGCAACACAACGCAAAUCCCAGUCCGCUGAUUAAAGAUGAUGGAGAGCUGCUUAUGGAUGAGCAUCUUUCCCCCAGGAAACUGAAAAUUUUGGCAGGGGUAGAUGAUCUGCAGCAAGUGAAGGUCCUAGAGAUGCGAGUAGACACCAGAGAGAUCAGCUUGGGGAACUUUGGUGUGCAUCUGCCUAAUCUGAGAGAACUGAAGUUGAACAAUAGCUUGCUUACAUCUGUGAGGGAUCUUGGAACCUCAUUGUCCCAUCUCCGUAUCCUGUGGAUGGCUCGGUGUGGGCUCUCAGAUUUAGAUGGGAUCUCUUCCUGCAGCUCUAUAAAAGAACUCUACAUUGCUUAUAACAAUAUCUCUGACCUGAGCCAGCUUACCUGGCUGGACCACCUUGAGGUUUUGGACCUGGAAGGGAACAAUAUCGAGGACAUCAACCAGGUGCAGUACCUGCGACUUUGUUGCAAGUUAAGCCACCUGACAGUGGAGGGCAACCUUAUUUGCCUGAAGUCAAAUGCAGAAUCUGCAGAGGACCCAGACUAUAAUUACAGAGCAGAAGUAAAAAAACUCAUUCCCCACUUGAAGUAUUUGGACAGAAUACCAGCAAGUCAGACUGCUCUCCUUCCUUCCAAGAAGAUGCAUGAGCAUUCUCUAAUCAUCAAGAAAUCCAUCAAGGAAGGUGGUUUAGUCAAAGACAUUUCACAGUUAGAUCUGUAUCUUGGGGAAGUAGCAAAACAGUCUGGAUGCAGCCCAGAACCCCCAACACCUUCCAGACCUGGAAAUGCAGAGUGUUCUGCUAAUGCAGGGACGUGUAGUGAUGCCAGCCUCUUGUCUGGUAGCUGUUCUCCUUCAGAUUCCACUGUUUUUCCUGAUAAGCUGUUCACAGAAGAUGACUCUAGUGAUUUGACACAUGGACUCUGUCAAGUUAUAUGUGGGAACCCCGCCAAGGCCCUCCAUGCGAGGAGGCAAAAGCUAGGUCUACCUCCUACUGUGAGCCCUUUGACACCGUCCAGUCUGAUGACAGAAAACCUCUGUGCCUCUGGAGGAGGAAGAGAUCUGCACCAGGAAAAGGUGUCCCCUGACCUGGGAACAUGGACCGAGCAGCGCAAGGGGUGCCUGCAAGCAGGUCAGCAAGGACAAGCCAGCCAAGCAGUGAAGGUGAAUGAGGGUGAAGACUGGAGCCUGACUGAUAGCUCGGAAGAUAACUUGAGGGAGGCCUGUGAUAAGGAACUUAUUGAAAGGAUUCCACUUGAGCCUACUUCCCACUCCUCUACAGGUUCAUCCCAGGCUCAGGAGGGUGCAGUGCCCUCCAACUCAAAACGUUAUCUAAUUCCAUCCCCUCCAAAAAACCCUUCACCUGCCUCUGCAGUGGAUGUUGCAGCAAGACCCUGGAAAACAAGGAACCACAUGGGCCUAAAGACACCCAGCCAAGAGGAAAACAGGAAGUAUACACAGCAAUGCCAGUCAAAGGCUCAUCAAGAGAAUUCAGCCCAGCCCCUGGACAAACAACCUUCUCUCCUGGGCCUGCACAGCACACUGACUGCCUCUGGAUCCCAAAGGCAGCACCAGCCUGUGGGCUCCAUCAGCCAGCAAAGGCCCAUUCCAGGACCAGCAGCUGUGGGGUCAUCAAGGAUCAGGCCCAUCAUGGAUGAGAGCCCUUCUAAAGAGAUCAACCACAAGCACCCAGCUGCCUGCUCAUCCACAAAAGCCUCGCAGAGGUUUAGGCCAAUUAAUUCUGCUUGGUCCCUGACUGCCAGGUCCCUUCUGCAGUCAUUGCCAAAAAAAUCCACUGCCACAAAAACAUCUCGGAACAGAAGUCCUCAGUUCUAGAAGAUACCCAGUUGACAGCAUGUGUUGGAGUCAUGUACACAGUGCAGCCAUGAAGGAUUGAUGCUGUCCUGCAGCUCCUUCUGCAAGCUAAACACAGAGCAGUUCAAACAAACAACGUGAUUUGCCUCAAUUCAGGAUACAGCUGGUCCAGAAAUAUUUUAAGAGCAACCACUGAUCAACCAAUGAGCUAAUGAACUUCUUAUUACAGAAAAAUACGGUUAUUUUUGCAA